AUGACUUCGAUAGUCGACCAACCCCCUCGUGCACCCCCCAUCAAGUAUACCGCUCAUCUAGGAACUCGCUGGCAGAAAGAAAAGGCUGCUGCAGGUCACGGCGCCUUCGAGUUUCCAGAAGAUCCGAGGUAUAUCGGUCAGUGGAUCAUCGGCGAGUGCGUCGGCAAAGGUGCAAGCGGUCGCGUCCGCAUCGCAAAGCACCGUCGUACCGGCCAACUCGCCGCAGUCAAAAUUCUUCCCCUUCAACCACUAGUCAACUCCCGUGCUUCCCUUGCCACACAGCAAGCAAAAUCAGAAAAGCAGCGGUUGGGUAUCGACAGAGAAAUUAUCAUGAUGAAGCUCAUGAACCACCCAAACAUCCUCCGUAUCUAUGAUGUAUUUGAAGGCGAGAAGGAACUUUACCUCGUCCUCGAGUACGUAGAAGGUGGCGAGCUCUUUGACUUUCUUGUCAACCGCGGAAGGCUCCCUCCUCUAGAGGCUCUCUCCUUUUUCAAGCAAAUCGUUUAUGGACUUAACUAUGCUCACACUUUCUCUAUCAUUCAUCGUGAUCUUAAACCCGAAAAUAUCUUGAUUCACUCACUAAAACCGCCACUCAUUAAACUGGCCGAUUGGGGCAUGGCCGCCUUUGCCCCUCCUGCCCUACAGCUCGAGACUAGCUGUGGAAGUCCUCACUACGCAAGCCCGGAGAUUGUCAACGGUCUGAAAUACAGAGGCAAUGCCACCGAUAUCUGGAGCUGCGGCGUUAUCCUCUUCGCGUUACUUACCGGCAGGCUUCCAUUCGACGACAAGAAUGUCAGGAUUCUUCUUUCUAAAGUGAAGGCGGGCAAGUACGACAUUCCAGCCUACAUCGAUCCUCAGGCAAAAGACCUCUUAACUCGCAUGCUGGUAGUAGAUGUUAACCGUCGUAUUACGAUUCCCGAGAUAAUGGCUCACCCCUGGUUCAACAAACCAACUCCCGGGAUUGUCUAUGUUCCAGCUCCCUCUGUCGUUGAAUUAGCUCUUCCCCUCCCGUCAGCGGCCCGUAUCGACCCUGAUCUUUUGGAAUCUCUUCGCGUCAUCUGGGGAAGACAUGGCGACAUCGAAAUGAUCAAAGCCGACCUCUUGAGCUCACCAGGCGAAGGCACAUUGGCUAAGGCAUUCUAUUUCUUGUUGCAACACUACCGCGAGCAAACUUUGAAAGAUCACGGUAUUAUUCUCGAUGUAGGCGAGACGCCUGUGUCUCCUGGCAUGAAGGUUAUUACAAAACAAUACAUGUCCCCCCCUCCAAAGAGAAGCGUCGAUGCAGAUGCGCAUUCUUUACGUCUGCAGAGUAUUCGGGAUGCGCCUCCUCCUCCGUCCCGCACACCAUCACCACAGCAAGCUGGUCUGGCGUCUCCUUUCCUUGAUGGGGCUUUACGCGCCCGACCCCCGUCCCCGAUUGGACCCAGGCCACCUCGUGUCCGACCUAUGUCCUCUCCAGCCCGUGAGGUCCCCAUACGUCAUAAGAGCAUGAGAGUUGGCCAUACCAUCGCUGAUCCUGUGAAUGCCCACCCCGAGCCCCAAUACAGGACGCGUGCAUCAACCGUCUCCCUUCUCUAUCCUCGAGCGAAUCAGGACCAGCACAGUUAUCACGCUCACAACCAGCAAAUGUUCCAGCCUCUGACCGUUCCAAGCACACCGCCAAUGGGGUCUCGUUUUCCUGGCGCUCCUGCACACCCCGCCCUCAACCCUUGUAUUAUCCGAGCUCCUAUUCCAGUCUCCGCUGUUGCGAACGAACAAGUUUCAGCAAACUCGAUAGAAGUCGAUAUGCAGCCUGCGACGGGCUCUGAUCCGGAUUGGGUGAACGUUCUUUCUGCGUGGCACACUGUGGCGCAGGGGCACAAUCAGGAGCAGGCUUUCCAUUCUCCGACUCGAGGAUACAGUGAGACAUUCGUUAACCGUCAUGGAUAUGCCCCGUUGAAUGGCCCUAUGGUCGAUUAUGAGUAUGACCGAUUCUCCAGUGGAGCCAAUAAGGAGAAUCACGACCAUCAUAACUUCCGACAGCCUUACCGGGAGGGCAGCGAAAUCAUGCAGGCCCGUGGUGGGCUGUUUGGUGGUAAGCUCAACGAGGGACGUGUCGGUCGCGAGUUGCGCAACAGUGUCUAUGGUGCUCGUGAGGUCAUGAAAGAAAAGGACAAAAAGGCACGACCCCCCGCGCUUGAUUUUCACCCACAAGUUCACCCAUCCAAGCGUUCCAUCCUCGGCUCGCCACUCCAGAUCCCCUCACCUGUCAUGCCCUCUAUCCUCGCCUCCCCUGUCGGCGAAGUCAAAGGCUGGUUUUCCAACCUCUUCAACUGGAAAGCACACACCUACGUGCUCUGUUCGACGGAUACGCUGUACGCCACGCGCAACGAGACCGUUCGCAUUCUCGAGCACUUUGGCGUCAUCGUCGGCCUUGAGGAGACGGAUGGGCACGGGGUUCUCCGAUGUCGUAUGAACGACCUUAUGGACACGAUGUCAGGAUCGGUCAUACAGAAACAAGUUCGGUUCCGUGUCGAGUUCUCGUCAUCUUCGUCCUCGUCAUCUCCACGGUCCCCCACCCCUGCUAGUCCACGAUUACCCAUGUAUCAUGCUUCAGGACCGAUGUCGCCUACGUUUCGAUACGGGUUUGGGAAGCCGUCGUUAGGGAGCGGAUUCACCUGCGCGAUCCUGCUUGUGCAAGAGAAGGGGUCGUUGUCUAGUUUUAGGAUGGUGUGUAGGUGGCUGAGGGAGGAGUGGGCGUUGGAUGCUUUGCAGUCACCUGUUGCUGUGACUGGGGCGUUUACGGAGCGGCUUGUGGUGUGA